GUAAUUACUUCAUUACCCUCUACACGCUGUGUUAACCUCGAGGUCACAGGCCGCCGUCUCAUCUAAAUGAACAGUCACUUCAGCACUGGUAAGGCAGACUACUGUUUCGUGUAGGCAAACAAAAAUCUCUUCGCUGGCAUAGUCACUUACACUAAGCACAUGCACUAAGAAGUGAUGAAAAUAUAGUAUUACUGUCAGCACUGCGAAGAGCUGUAGCCAUAUAUACAGGAAAGUGACACCACACUGGAUUAGCUAUGGGUGACGCUGGAUGGCUACACGCUCCGGUCACGAACCAAAGAACUCCCUACCAAGGGCAAGAUCAACAUCGCAGAGUCAAGAUGGUAGUGAUGCUAAGGCAGUGCUGUUGUGGGUGCUCGCUCAAGACCGGGAGCAGCAUCAUCAGCGUCACUGAUGCGACAAUUGGUCUACUGAGCCUGGUGUUAGCAAUUGCAGGGCCAGAAUUUGCGAAAGAUUUCCAUGGAAUGUUUGAAGUUGUGAUUGCGAGUGGGGUCACGGGAGCCAUACUGCUCACUGUCAGCAUCCUUAUGUUCUUCGGAGCUCGAAGUGGACAUCUACGUUACCUCCUUCCCUGGCUGCUGUAUGGCUGUCUGUACAUCGUCCUGUCAUUCAUCCAGCACUUGGUAUUUGCCGUGACAAAUUUCAGCCAUGGUCAGUUUGAAGUUGGAGUUGGAUUUGUUGUGGUUCUAUUGAUCCAUGAAUGUUUACAAGUAUACUCUCUCCUGGUUGUGUAUAGCUACUACCGAGACCUCAAAGGGGAAACACCAACAAUACCGUGAUUACAGCACAUAUUUACUUCACUAUAUCUGCUGUACCUGCAUAUCAUACUUGUCGAAGGUACCAGCUUCCUAAAUGAUGCCGAUAAGAAAGAGUGAACUACCAGAUCAGGGGAUAAAUACAGAUUUGUCACAUCAUGAACAAACGUUCUAACAGAUGAUAGGUGAUGGCUGCAUGUUGAGUUUAUGUACAAAUUUGAAAUAACUUUUUACACAUUUAUAAAUAAUCGUAUAAACUAAAGUGUGCUUAACAGUUCCACAGAAAAUGGAGAAGUAUAUUUAUGUUUUGCUUAAUUAUUCAGUGAAUUAACGCCUGAAGCAUGAACCUCAUCUAAUAAAUAAAUAAAAAUUCAGUUCCAACCUCCCAGGAAUCACACUGCAUCUCCGUUACUAAGACCAAUUGGUUAAUGUUCUUUAAGGAAAUAAUCUCUGUUCAUCCUGAUACACACUGUCUAUGGACAAAAUGAAGAGAUCCUCAGUGCUGAAGCAGUUGGUGUACAUAAUAACCACUGUGCCUUAA